AUGCAUCAUAUAUUUGCAGGCGCUCAGAAAGUUAUCGAUGAGCUAAAGACACGCCGAAAUGGUAUCACCAAACUCGUGCUUAAUCAUAAUGUACUCCAAGACGAGGGCACUGCACAUUUGUUCUGUUAUCUCACGUCGGAUGCGGGUGCGAAGCAUCGCGCGAGCCUUACAGAAAUCUGCUUGAACCGGAACGAGAUUGGAAGCCAGGGCCUGUAUGCGGUAGUAGAGUUCCUGCGAGAUAACAUAGCGUUGAAAACGCUAUAUUUGGCCAAUAACAGACUGAGCUCUGACGGUGUGCUGGCCGGUGCCCUAGCCGAGGCUGUGAGCUCGUCCCGUUUGCAGCUUCUCUCGCUAUCUGGAAACAACGCCCUUGGCAAUGGUUUUAUUGCAGAGUUUCUCGGAAACCUCCGGUCACAGUAUCUCGUCGAUCUAGAGAUGAACACUGCGGGGUGUACGAGCGAUAUUGCACAACCCAUUGCUGAAUGGCUAGUCGGCGACCCGGACGAAAGAGGCAUUCCACAGCGCAAGUGUUCUGUGCAAACAUUUAAGUGCAGUGGUAACAACCUUGGUGCCCGUGGUGUUUGGGAGAUAAAACAAGCCAUUGAACGGGGGAAUUGGAGUCUCAUGCACCUUGAGGUUCACGCUAAUCAGCUCCCCGGGCCACCACCUCUGGACGACGUCGACGAAGAGCCAUGGGGUCCGGAGACAAUGGAACGAUUGAAGGCCUUGGAGCAGGAAAUAGCUCUCCUCCUUCGUCGUAAUGAAUAUUGGAAGAAGCAAAUCGAAGAGCAGGCGCUUGUGCUUCUCCGUUACUCUCGUCUACUUCUCCUCCAAUCAGCAAAAUCUAUCAAGGCAAGGUCCGGCGAGGUAUCACAAGUGCAAUCAAGAUCCCAGCCUAUCAGAAAUAAUUUUGCAUUCUUCGCUCUUCCGCUCGAACUCCAACAGUAUAUCCUCUCCUUCUUCGCACCGAUGCUCUCUUCAGCACAAUGUGCCCGUAUCUACAACUACGCUGCGAAACCCUCCACACUUCCCCCACUCCUCGUCUCGCCAAAGAAAGCUGCCAGUCGAGGCUGUCUCCUCGAUCCAUCGAGCUUCUAUGGUUCAACUAUUGGCUUUGAGGUCGUGUCGGCCGCUACUGGAGCGACGCGCUGUGCGGAAGGCCAGUGCAUGGGUGCCGCCCACAGCCUUAGCUGCAGGAGGGAAGAAGACCGGGGGCGCUAUCUGGAAGCUGUCGACUGCCGUGUUUUUGAGCCCGAACCAAAACGUAUGCCAUCAAACUCACCAAACUAA